UGUUCAAUGGAAUAGCACAAGUGUAUAAUGAUGUUUAUGAAAAAGAAGCAAGUUUAAUAGUUGUAGCUUUGUUUUAAUCACGUCAAAACAUAAACAAGAGAACAAAUCAAGUAUCUAUAAUCACUCCAUGGUGUAUUCUUUGAUGUAACACGUGUAACACCAUUGUUCCAUGAUCAUUUUGGCGGCAUCGGCUUGUGGCAUCGGCAUUCUCCAUUCUCGGCAAGCAAAGCAAGUAGCAAUAGGCGACUUUUUAAACAAGCAUCGGCCAAAAUUUUGUGGAUAUUAAUAAUUUGUUGAAGAAAUGCCUUGGGUUGUUUUGAGAUUUCCAGAAAGUGAAACAAUUGAGGCAGUACCAGCUAAGUGGUAUGACAAAGCAAACAAACUUUGUAAAUUUCCUCCCGUGGACGAUCAUACUGAGAAGGAGUUAUCCAACUUUAUUAUUGAAGAAUAUGACCCCUUAGAGGAAUGGCCAAUAAAUGAGGCAGUGUUAGAAAGCCAGACAGAAUUUGUACUGUUUAACAAAGCUCACAUUAGAGCUAGUAAAGCGUGCAAUAGCCAGAAUUACAAAUCAGAUAAAGAAACUGUGUUACCACAAAAGAGACCUCCUAAACCAAGGAAAAUAGCGAGCAGUAGUAGUGAGCAGGACUCAGAUGGGUCAGAUCUGGUUUUUGAACAUUCAUUUCCUAAGUCUAAGAAAGAACAACAUGAAAAGUGUACCCCAUCUAAAUCAAGAACUCAUCCAAAUAUUGGAUUAGAAAACAAACAGGAAGUAAAAACCGUGCAAGAAACUUCCAAACCCACACCAACAAAUGCCAAUGCUCAAGAAACUGCAAUUUCAUAUUUAAUAAGAAUAAAAAGAACGUUAGAAUUACAAGAACAAAAACUUAGUGAAAUUGACAGAAAAGUGGAUGAAUUGUCCACUAUAAUCAGAGGGCAACAAAAAAGUACAGAUAUAACUGAUGAUGAAGUUCAUAAGAAAUUACCUCUAUCCACCUUAGAAGAACUAGGAGACGUUGAAAAGCUACUAGAAAAUGCUACAAAUCUAGACAACUUUGUUAUUUACAUGCGUCAGGUGGGAGGUUUUGAUUACAAGGAAAGUGUCAGGAGAUGCUUGAAAAAAAUCUUCAACGAUCAAUUAGCAGUUAUCUACAGUUUUCAAGGUCAUAAGGGGAAAAAUCCCUUUAAUAAGACUCUAAUUUGCACUGCCGUAAUAAAAUCUAUAUUGAAACUACAUAUAGAUUGUACAUCUAAGGAAGUCGAAGUAGCCAUAAGCAAAUGGCUGACAAAAGCCAAAGAGAGGAUGAAGAAAAACGAAGAACACACAAUUAAUUUUAAUUUGGAAAUAAAGAGUUAAUUAAUAUUA